UUGUUCCAACACAUCCGUUGCCCCGGGGCGUUUCAACAACACUCAGUGCUUGUGAACGAACAACUCAACGACCAAGCGCCCUCUCUUUUUUUGUGUUCUUUUUUUUUGGCGGUUCUACCUUACAAGCGGAUAUAUAUAUAUAUAUUCUCCUGCCUUCCUCCUUUCCUUGACAAAAUAUCGUGGUCGUAUCAAACAAUACGAGGAUACCCCCACCCGCCACCGCCACCGCCACCAUCCCAUCCAACAAUACACGCGAGCGAACGCGCGCGCGCGCGCACACACAUACACACACAUAUUAGGCACACUAUAGUUAAACGACUAUGUCGUUGUUCUAUAGCGAGGCGAUUCUUAGUCGUCGUGGUCCUCUUGCACGCGUAUGGCUUGCUGCUCACUAUGAGCGUAAGCUCUCAAAGACUUUAACGCUUCAAACAGACAUUGAACAAUCCGUCGAUGCUAUCGUGGAUCAGGAAGGUCAACCAAUGGCACUCCGACUGAGUGGUCAGUUACUCUUGGGUGUCGUCAGGAUCUAUAGUCGAAAAGCCAAGUAUCUACUGGAUGAUUGCAACGAAGCAAUUGCUAAAAUCAAGUUGGCUUUUCGACCUGGUGUGGUUGAUAUGACGGAGGAUCAACUGACGGUACCGAGGAAUGCGAUCACCAUCUCGGCAGAUCUAUUCAAUAUCGAUCUCAUGCUUCCCGAUGCUAAUUGGGACUUGAGUAAUCUUGGCCAGUCACAUAUCGCUCGUGAUAAUGAUAUCACACUCUCUACAGCUGAAAUGAACUUUGGGUUUAUGGAUGAUGGGUGGGGUUUUGAAGGUGAUGGAAUUGGAUCACAAGAUUGGGGUGGAUUCGAUGCUGGGAUCUCAUUUGGUGAUGAUGAACCUGGUGUGGCGGUUGGUCCUGACGCUGCAGGAGAAGGUACAGCAGCAGCAGCAGCAGCAGCAGCAGCCGCGGAUGAAACGAUGAGUGUUGAACUGGGUCGUCAUGAUGCUGGACCUGGUUCGCCUCGUAUCUCGUUGGAUACUCGCCUUGAAGGACGACCUGGUGAUUUCGAACGUGAUGUGUCCGUCUUGAGUAAAGGCCGUGAGCCUAGUCAUCUUGAUUUCGGCGGAGGUCAUGAUGAUGGAUUUGGAUUCCCGAGCGAUUUCAACCUUGGCGGAGAAGACCUUGGGAUUAGUUUCGGUGAAGAUGUACCGUUAGCUGACCCCGAACGGGAGAAAACCCCUGGUCAAGCUAAUUCUCGUGCCAGCUCCCCGUUGACGACCCCUCCGCCCUUAACUCCACCCAAUCUUAAUCAGGACUCUAUAUCCACUCCUACUCCCAAGACCGCGGCACGGAUCGCACGAAUAGCGGAACAACGCGAAAAUGCCCCAGAGAGGAAGAAAAGGACCAAAAAGUUGCAGAUAAUCGAUGAGGUCACCGAGUUGAAGCAAGGUCCUGGUGCUCGUGGGCGUAGAGGAUUGGGUGAUUUCAAGGAUCCGGAUGUCAGUGCAAUUACCACCGAGCAACGAUUCCUUCCGCGGUCUACGACAGUGAUGCGUCUUUUGGAAAUUCGGGCUGAUCCGCUUGCAUACUUCAUGCCGACUACCACCACUUCAGAGGGGACCUUUUUCUAUGCUGGGCCUCCAGGCGUGGCACCGGAAUUGAGACAUUUGUUCAUGUUCCCCGUACACGACCAUCGUCGACCACGUACGGAUGAUACGGAUCCCCGUUCGCCAAAGAGAGCCCGCAUUGCUGUUCCGGAAGAGGAAUCGCCUGGAGUCGCGCGGAGAGCUGAGAGCGAGGCACGAUUCAGUGCUUUUGGCGGGGACGUCACCGGUGGGAAGAACGAUAUGGAUGUUGAUAUGGCUGGACUUGGUGACUAUGUUGGUGCUGAGGAGGGUGGAAUUAGCCUUGAUCUAGGUGGAGGGAUCGAUCCGAUGGGGAUGGAUAUCGACGGAGAGCCUGAGGGUCGGAAGACGCCUGUUCCAAGGACCCAACGCGAAAUGUCACUCAUCGAUGACACGCGGAGUUCGCCUGGGCUAAGAGGGGAUGAGGAAUUUGGAUUAGAUUCUUAUGAUGCCCAGUCGUGUUCGAUUGGGAUAUUCGAUAUGAGGAGUAAAGAAGGGGAGUCUCAGAGUCAGACGCAGACUCAGGAGGAGGAAAUCGAACGGUCUACGGAACAAGUUCAGAGUAAAGGGUAUAGUAAGAAUACGGUGAAGGCUAUUGCUGUCAUUCGGAAGGGUUUGGAGGCUGAGGAGGGUGAAGGAGAUGAAAAGUGGGUUAGUUUCAAUAAGGUUGCCGAGAAGGCGUCGCGUCGGGCUGCAUCGGCGUUCUUCUUCGAGCUUCUUGUUCUCACCACUCGGGAUUGUCUCAAGGUUUCUCAAGAAGAGCUUUUUGGCAAUAUCGAGAUUCGUGCCAAGGAGAAGUUGUGGGAGUCACUAUCCAAUCGUCUCCCCACUUCUGCAACUGCUAUUUUCGACGCAUAAAUUUGAAUCCUGCUUCACACGCCCAUAUUUAUCUAUCCACACAGUUCUUGACGACACGAAUGACACGGAUGACCUUCCCUCCCUCCACUUCCCUGGUGAAAAUUUUUUUUCGCUACCUUGGUUUACCUGGACCCGCUCCCCCCCCUAUAUAGAACUUUUUAUGCGACACCUGAACAUUUUUUGAUUGGCACAAAUGCGUACACUUUUCUUGGAUUUGCCAUCCACCCUGGGUCCAGAGAUUCAUAACCUUAUUUUUGAUUGUUCUUUUUUUAAAAUGUAUGUUAGUUAACUUGUUCUCUAUCAAUGUAGUGUCUAUGGAUGAGGAGAUCAUGUCACCCUCAUCAUCUUCCUC